AUGGAUUCCCUUUUCUCCAUAAACCCACCAGAAAACUUUGAGUUUUCAGACUUUGCUAACUGGCCCAACUGGAUUCGUCGGUUUGAAAGGUUUCGGAUGGCAGCAGGACUGGACAGUAAAGAUGAGGAAUAUCAAGUGAACUCAUUAGUUUAUACUAUGGGCGAUAAAGCUGAUGACAUUUUGGGCACGCUAGGCUUAAGUGCUGCAGAUCUGAAGAUGUACAGGCCAGUAAAGGAAGCCUUUGAUAAAUACUUCAUAGGAAAGAAACCUACAACAUGGAAAAAGACACUGAAAGUGAAUGGUCAAGACAUCACCUUCAAGUUGGAUACAGGGGCGGAUGCAACAGUCAUCCCAGCUACAGCCUACUCAAAAGAAUGGCACGGCCCACUCACUAAAGCAACAAUACCAUUGUGUGGGCCCAGCAAUGAACCUCUAAAGGUGAGAGGUCAGUUCGAUGGAGUCAUGACAUAUAAGGACAGAACAACAACACAACCAGUGUAUGUGGUACAAAAGCUAGCUACUCCUCUGCUUGGUUUUCCUGCAAUCACUGACCUGAAGCUACUGCAUCUAGUCGACAGUGUUAGAGAGCUGGAGGCUGAUAUGAAAAAGCAGUACCCCAAGGUUUUCACAGGACUGGGCUGCCUAAAAGGGGAGUACAAAAUUAAGCUGAAGGAGGACGUCAAGCCCUACGCAUUGUCGCUGCCACGACGAGUACCUCUACCAUUAAAUGACAAAGUCAAAGCAGAGCUCCAGAGGAUGGAGAAAAUGGGGGUAAUUAUGCCCAUUGAAGAGGCUACAGAUUGGUGCGCAGGCAUGGUAGUGGCACCAAAGCCCAGAGAAAAAAAGAUCAGGAUCUGCUCCGACAUGACCCAUCUGAAUGAGUACAUCUGCCGAGAGAGACAUAUCUUGCCGGCCGUCGACGAAACCCUGGCCAAGCUCGCAGGGGCAACCGUCUUUACAAAGCUGGAUGCCACGGCCGGAUUCUGGCAGAUACCCCUACAUCCAGAAUCAGUCCCACUGACCACGUUUAUCACCCCUUUUGGGCGAUACUGCUACAGGAGACUGCCGUUCGGGAUUUCAUCAGCACCCGAACAUUUUCAAAAGCGGCUGACACAGAUGCUGACAGGGCUGGAAGGAACUGUGUGUCAUGCCGACGACAUCCUCGUCUUUGGAUCAACGCGUGAACAACAUGACCACAGGCUGCACAGAGUGUUGGAGCGGCUCCAGGGAGAGGGCCUGACGCUCAACAACGACAAGUGCCACUUUGCAGUCGACAGAGUCAUGUUCCUGGGCCACAUCGUCAGUGCACAGGGUAUUGAGGCGGACCCAGGCAAAAUAAAGGCAAUAACGGAGAUGCCCACGCCCAAAGACGCUGCUGAUGUGAAAAGGUUUGUGGGCAUGGUUAACUACGUGGGAAAGUUUUCUCCACGCAUCGCAGAGCUCACACAACCGCUACGAGAGCUGCUCAAGACAGACACCGACUGGGUGUGGGGGAGCGCGCAGCAGAGAGCGUUCGACGAGCUGCGUAAGGAACUGAGCUCACCGACAGUUCUGGCACAAUACAGCCUGAACAGGGAGACAAAAGUUGCAGCAGACGCUUCCUCCUUUGGGUUGGGAGGAGUUUUGUCUCAGGUGCAACCGUCUGGAGAGUGGCGGCCAGUCGCCUUUAUAUCACGCAGCAUGACGAACACAGAGCGCAGAUACGCCCAGAUAGAAAAGGAGGCGCUCGCGCUAACCUGGGCGUGUGAGCGUUUUCAGUCUUACCUGAUAGGGAUGGACUUUCUCAUACAGACUGAUCACAAGCCUCUCAUCUCACUGCUGGGCAGCAGAGCGCUAGAUGACUUGCCGCCUCGCAUUCUGAGAUUCAGGCUGCGACUGCUUCGCUUUACAUACAAGAUUGAACAUGUGCCUGGAAAGAAGCUGAUUACAGCGGAUGCACUUUCCAGGGCACCAAUCCAAGCCCCGCCUACACCAGAGGACAUGCAGCUGGAACAGGACAUGUGUGCGUCCAUCAACUUAAUAAUGGAGCACUUGCCGGCGUCAGAGCAGAGGCUGGUGCAGAUCAGGACAGCGCAGGACACGGAUGAUGUCUGCAAAAGACUGAAAAACAUGGUGCAAACAGGUUGGCCUCUAAGCAGAAAAGCUCUUCCACCUCAACUGCAGCCAUACUGGCAGUAUCACCAGGACCUGCAGGUGGCAGACGGACUACUGAUGAAAGGCGAACGACUCAUCAUCCCUGCCAUAAUGCAAGAGGAAAUGCUCGAAAAAUUACAUGAGGGUCACCAAGGCAUGACAAAGUGUGCUGCCAGAGCACAGCAGUCAAUAUGGUGGCCAGGUCUGACCAAACAGAUUAAACAAAGAGUGGAAAACUGUACGAUCUGUGCACGUGAGGCUCACAAUGCACCAGAGCCGCUGCUGACGACUCCGUUGCCAGAAAGGCCAUGGCAGCGUGUGGCAGCGGAUCUUUUCCAGUGGAACAAUGCCAUGUAUCUCGUGGUUAUUGAUUAUUAUUCACGCUACAUUGAGGUGGCUAACCUCACCUCCACCACCACAGCCCACGUGACAGGUAAGCUGAAAUCUAUUUUUGCACGUCAUGGGGUCCCAGAGACUGUUGUCACGGAUAACGGCCCCCAGUUCUCUGCAGCGGAGUUUGCAGCCUUCGCCAGAGACUAUGACUUCACACACACGACCAGCAGCCCCCGCUAUCCUCAAAGUAACGGUGAGGCAGAGAGGGCUGUGAGGACAGUGAAAUCUCUCCUGAAAAAGGGGGAGGAUCCACACAAGGCUCUCAUGGCUUACAGGGCCACUCCCUUGUCACAUGGAUCAUCCCCGGCGCAGCUGCUGAUGGGCCGCAACAUCAGGACGCCCCUGCCGGUCAGUAAGGAGAAGCUACAGCCAGGAUGGCCUGACCUCCAGGAUUUCCGCAGGAAGGAUCAGGAUUUAAAAGAGAAACAGGCCUCCUGGUUCGACAAAAGACACAACGCGAAGACAAGACAAGAGCUCAGACCAGGACAAAGAGUCUGGGUGAAGAACACAAAGGAAACAGGGACUAUCAGUGGUCCAGCUCAGACACCGAGGUCUUACAACGUAGACCUGCCCUCAGGAAGUCUCAGAAGAAACCGAUCUCACAUCAGGGUUAUUCCAGAGACUCUCAGAGAGACUAGAUCAGGCCGGACCAUAAGACCACCAAAAAGACUUGAUUUAUAG